UUUCACACAAAAAGUGUCCGUUCAUCAUUUCAAGCAUCUAGUGCGGAUUUUCAAGGCAAGACCGGAAGUGCGUUCAGUAUACUGUCAUCACGCAAAGGAAAGCAGUGAGUACUGAGGUCAUCUGCUUCAAGGAGCACCUGAACGUUACCUGUGGUGUUUUAGCAAGAAACCGAUAGGAUGUCUGGAGAUUUGCCUCUGAAUAUCAACAUUAAGGAACCACGAUGGGACCAGGGCACGUUUAUGGGCCGAGCUCAGCACUUCUUCAUGGUGACAGACCCCAGAAACGUGCUGUUGUCCAGUGAGGUUUUGGAGGAUGCGAGAGUUACUGUGGAGAACUACAGGUUGGGAGUAGUGAAGCCUGGGCUAACAGAAGAUCAACUGUGGAGGGCCAAAUACAUCUACGACUCUGCUUUCCACCCAGACACUGGAGAGAAAAUGCUGCUAAUUGGACGCAUGUCUGCACAAGUGCCCAUGAACAUGACCAUUACGGGUUGCAUGCUUACGUUUUAUAGGACGACCCCAGCAGUGGUGUUUUGGCAGUGGGUAAACCAGUCCUUCAACGCCAUUGUCAACUAUACUAAUCGCAGUGGAGACGCACCAAUCACCAUGAAUCAGCUUGGAGCAGCCUACGUGAGUGCUACCACUGGAGCAGUAGUAACAGCCCUUGGACUGAAGUCUCUGACCAAGCACUUGCCAGCUAUUAUGGGGCGUUUUGUUCCAUUUGCUGCAGUGGCAGCAGCAAACUGUAUCAACAUACCCUUCAUGAGACAAAGAGAGCUGAAGCAUGGUAUUCCUGUUACUGAUGCUGAGGGAAACCGUCUUGGGGAAUCAAGUCAAGCUGCUCAGCAAGCUAUCGUACAGGUGGUGGUGUCUCGUAUUGGCAUGGCAGUGCCAGCCAUGGCUAUUCCUCCAGUUAUCAUGAAUGCCUUAGAGAAGAAGGCCUUCCUGAAGCGGUUCCCGGUUCUCAAUGCCCCUAUACAAGUUGGACUUGUUGGACUCUGUCUGGUGUUUGCCACUCCGCUGUGCUGUGCUCUGUUCCCACAGAAGAGUUCUAUGAAGGUGAGCGGCCUGGAGCCGGAGCUUCAAGAGAGGAUACGACAAAACAAUCCUCACAUCACUACGGUUUAUUUCAACAAGGGUCUGUAGUGAGGUCUAGGUUGCAGCCCAUGCUGAUGUCCUCCACUGCACUGGAGGUUAGUGGGCACAAUUUGAAGGGUAGAACAUAUUUAUUUUUGUUUUGCUGUUCUGAGUUAUAUAUAUAUAUAUAUUUUUGUCAAUUUUACCCCUGUUAUUGAACUAUCCGAAAUGACUAUAUGUACAGUGAAGGUCAAAACUUGCUGCUGGAUUUAGUUAAAGAUGCUUGAAUGUUAACUGCUGCAUUGCUUUACGCCUUCAUCUUAUAGACUUAUUUACCGGUAUAUUCAUUGCUUUCACUUAUUCUAGAUUAUCAUUUUUUUCCACUAGUGGCUCAGAACUAAGAUUUCAGCUUGUGGUUUAAAUGUCUAUCCAACUCAACUCACCCAUGUAUGUUGUUACUAAAGACAGUUGCAGAAAUUGGGUUUUCAACUUUAUUCUGCUAGGAGGAGUAUUUCCACCUUUCACACUCCACUAUGUGCCCAUUAAGUGCACUUAUGCAGUGAAUGCAGUGUGCUUUACUCUGUAUGCUACAAAAGAAGCCCUAAGAUGUGCAAACACUCCGUUAUAAGCACAUCACUGAUAUCACUUCCUACAGGCCAUAUUUCAUUAUUUCUGUUUAAGCCUUAUGCCUGUGUGGUUUGAAGUCAUCGCUAAUGUCUCAAAGACAUUUGGUUGUAUGGAUUGUAGUUUGUGUAAUGUUAUUGAAGAAGGUCAAAAUGAUAUUUAUUGGAAUACGUAAUACUUAUUUGUGAUUGUAUGAAUAAUUUCCCCAGGUAGGACAGAAUGUGUCUGGGCGCUUAAGACAAAAGCACUACAUAUCUCAGGCAGCAAGAGCACAUUAUAAAAAAAAAGAGUUAGCUCAUGUUCAGUAGAAGAAAUAUUCUUGUUUAAAGUAUAAAGGAAAAGUUGCUUUGAUCAUGUUUUAAAUCUCAGACCUUUAUGGGAACAACGGUCAGAUUUAUUGUUGUCAUGGGGGAAAUCUAUGUGUUUUAUUAAUAAUAUAUAUAUAUAUAUAUGAUGAUGUCAGUCAUAGUGUCUGUAGUAUAUGAUACAACUACCCUUUAUUCACUACUCUUUGGUCCUGUAACCUGAGCGUGUAUGAUCAAACUUGUUUUCUCUGACAUAUUGUGGUAAUGUGUACAUGUGUGUAGUUUUUGUUGUCUGGUUCCUAUUGUUUUUGUGGAUGAAGUUAACCUUCACAGUGUUUUUGUUGCCAUCACACUCUCACAACUGCUUUUUGGGUGCAAGGGCACAAUCUUGUCGUUAUUCUCAUCAUGUCCUCUAAGAGGCAGCAGAGAUCUUUUGUUUUUUGACUUAAGCACUCCAUUGUAGGCAAAUAAUUUAGCCUAACAUCUAAGCACAUUGUUACGCAGGUAUGCUGUUGAAAGAGGUAGCCCAGUUGAAAGCAAUCAGGAAUUAAUGCACAAACUCUGUUACAAUGAUGGUAGUUCAAAAACACGUCUAGGUUUGAUAUAGAGAAAUGUUGGAUAUGUUAUGCAAAUAUGACUGUUUGAUUGUGAUUUAUACAAAACGCUCUGAUUUCUUCCCGUGAUGUCCUGUUACACAAAAUAUCACAGACCAGUUCAACCAGUCAAGACUUGUUCUUCCUUUCAAAACGCACAGCGUACCAGCAGAUAAGUUCAUUUCAGUAAUGCUCACUAGUGUCACAAUGUUUAUAGUGAUGCUCAAAAUAAUAAACACACAUUUCCAAAUUUAAACUGACAGACAUACUGUCAGUACUGUCAUAGCAUCCUCAACCACACUGACCCAGCUUAAUUUCAGCAAUACACCAAAUUAUUUAGCAAAGGUGGUGUUUCAAGAUCGAAUACUUUUAAAUAUGUAAUGAUUGUAAAUUGCACCAGAGCAUGACAAUGUUAUUUGGAUGUUAAACCAUAAUGUUACAGCUGUACACAAAAUAUGUUAAUGAACUUACAGUCAUCAUGUAUUGUUUUCUAUAUGCAGUUAUAACAUUAUGGUUGUCCAUCAAAUAGUGAUAUGUCAAUCAUAAUAGAUUAAAUAAAAAAUAAAGAUAGUCACACCAAAUAAGAUUAUGAUUCACUGCACAUGCUUGAUGCUUAGAGCACAUAUUUAUUGACAGGUUUCCUAUAGUGUGGAAAGUGCAGACAAAUGCAAGUGCAAUAAUUGGUGUGAUGUAACUUGCAUAUAAAUGUUGCACCAGGAAGACCCUCUUCAGCACAAUUAUUCUAGUUAUUAUUAUUGGUGCUCAUUGUGUUUUAUUUUUCCAUCAUUUUAUAUUGUUUUGUUAAAUCCUUGUGUGUAUUUUAUCUGGAACAAUGUAAUAAAGAUAUUAUACUAUG